UGUGAUGAUUGCGAGUAGCCAGCACUUGCUCCCGCGGCAACCUGAAAAUGCACAUGCGAACGCACACUGGAGAGAAACCGUACGCGUGCGAUGUAUGUGAGUUCAGGAGUUCUCAGCUGGCGAGUCUCCGGAGCCACGCGCGCACGCACACGGGAGAGAAACCGUACGUGUGCGACAUAUGCGGUUACACCUGCACCACCUCCAGCAGCCUCAAGACGCACCUUCUCACGCACACGGGCGAGAAACCUCACGCGUGUGAUGCGUGCGAGUACAAGACUUUCUCCCGCGGCAGCCUGAAAAUGCACAUGCGAACGCACACGGGAGAGAAACCGUACACGUGCGACAUAUGCGGCUCCACCUACACCACCUUCAGCGUCCUCAGGAAGCACAUUCACACGCACACGGGCGCGAAACCUUACGCGUGCAAUGUAUGUGAGUAUAGGACGGGCUCCCGCGACAGCCUGAAGAGGCACGCGCGCACGCACACGGGAGAGAAACCGCACGCGUGCGAUGUAUGUGAGUACAGUUGUUCUGCGCUGUCGUAUCUCAAGAGACACGCGCUCACGCACACGGGAGAGAAACCGUGCGCGUGCGAUGUAUGCGAGUACAGGUGUAGGAGCACCAGGGACCUCAAGGUGCACUUUCUCUCGCACACAGGCGAGAAACCGUACGCGUGUGACAUUUGCUCUUUCAGGUGCUCAACCUCGGACGGUCUCUCUAAACACAAGCGCACGCAGUCGCACAGAAGAAAGGCCAUGCACAAGCAAUCGGGAGUGAUGUGAUGGACGGGUCUGCGGGUUAAACAGCUAAUUCGUCAGACGUUAAACGUGUGGAUAUGGACGCACUCUCUCCAGUAGACUCCAGUGACGUACACUCAGGCUUGUAUAAGAGAAGAAAUGCUGAAAGGCGAUGUGCAUGCAAUCAGGGGUGAUGUGACUGACAUUCUACCGAUUAAACAGUUAAUAAGCCAGUUCGUAGUUACGCACUGGAGCCCUAUGACGUCAUUGGGUCAUAGGUCAUUUGUACAUAGCUGAA